UAUAAACUGUAGAUUUUCCUUUGGUAUCAUUUAAUAACUAGAUAGCCAUAAGAUCUGCUGGAGUUGAGUGUAAUAAAGUGGGAUCAUAUGAUAGGAAAAACAUCAGAGCAUCAAGAGCCAGAGAAUCCUGAAAAGAAUAUCUAUCAACAUUUGAAGGUAGAAGGUGUGUUUGUGAGCUGAUGUGAACUGAGCAGCAUGGAUCAGUGUGAGGACAGAAAGGACAGACUCCCUCCCACUAAAGCCACUUUGUGUGAAAAACAUGAGAACCUGAGGAAACUACUGGAACCAGAACCCAGCUGUGUGUCCUUUAAGAGCAGUGGGUCAAAGGACAACCCAUUCAGCAACUUUAGAGCCCAUUUUGCUUUGAGACAAGAGAUCCGAGAAAGAUCUUACACUUCUGAGCCUGGAUGUGGUCGUGUGUCCUUCAAGAGCAACUGGUCAAAUGAUCACCCACUGGUCAACUUUAAGAGACAGCCUGCCUCUAAAUCAGAAGUGGACCAACAGAACAUCCCCAGUGGCCAGUCAACCAAUCAGUAUCAAACACAGAUGGACUCCAUAUUUAUGCUGCUGGAGGACAACAUCGUGACUUUUGUGAAGAAGGAACUACAAAAUAUCCAGAAGGUUUUGAGUUUUGAUUACCCAGAAUUUGCAAUGAGUCCGGUGGAGAGUGAGGAGAGGCUGGAGGAUGAAGAGCAGAGGAGGAGCAGCAGAGAGGCAUUUGAGAAGAUCACAUUGUAUUUCCUAAGAAGGAUGAAACAAGACAACAUGGCUGACUGUCUGCAAAGCAAACUUUUUGCUGCACUUUGUCAUCGUGAACUUAAAUCUGGUCUGAAGAAGAGGUACCAGUGUAUGUUUGAGGGGAUUGCUAAAGCAGGACGUCCAACCCUACUGAACCAGAUCUACACGGAGCUCUACAUCACAGAGGGAGGGACUGGAGAGGUCAACCGAGAACAUGAGGUCAGACAGAUUGAAACAGCUUCCAGGUCACCAGACAGGCCAGAAACAACAAUCAGACAAGAAGACAUCUUUAAACUCUCACCUGGAAGAGAUCAACCAAUCAGAACAGUGAUGACAAAGGGUGUGGCUGGCAUUGGGAAAACAGUCUUAACAAAGAAGUUUACUCUGGACUGGGCUGAAGACAAAGCUAACCAGAACAUCCAGUUCAUAUUUCCAUUCACCUUCAGAGAGCUGAAUGUGCUGAAAGAGAAAAAGUUCAGCUUGGUGGAACUUGUUCAUCACUUCUUUAAUGAAAUAAAAGGAAUUAGCAAUUUUGAACAGUUCCAGGUUCUGUUCAUCUUUGAUGGUUUGGAUGAGAGUCGACUUCCUCUGGACUUCCACAACAAGGAGAUCCUGAGUGAUGUUACAAAGUCCACCUCAGUGGAUGUUCUGCUGACAAACCUCAUCAGGGGGAAACUGCUUCCCUCUGCUCGCCUCUGGAUAACCACACGACCUGCAGCAGCCAAUCAGAUCCCUUCUGAGUGUGUUGGCAUGGUGACAGAGGUCAGAGGGUUCACUGACCCCCAGAAGGAGGAGUACUUCAGGAAGAGAUUCACAGAUGAGGAGAAGGCCAGCAGAAUCAUUUCCAACAUGAAGACAUCACGAAGCCUCCACAUCAUGUGCCACAUCCCAGUCUUCUGCUGGAUCACUGCUACAGUUCUGGAAGAUUUACUGAAAGCAAAAACUGGAAAAGAACUGCCCAAGACCUUGACUGAGAUGUACAUCCAUUUUAUAGAAGUUCAAACUAAAGUGAAGAAGGUCAAGUACGAUGGAGGAUCUGAGACAGAUCCACACUGGAGUCCUGAGAGCAGGAAGAUGAUUGAGUCUCUGGGAAAACUGGCUUUUGAUCAGCUGCAGAAUGGAAACCUGAGCUUCUAUGAAUCAGACCUGACAGAGUGUGGCAUCGAUAUCAGAGCAGCCUCAGUGUACUCAGGAGUGUUCACACAGAUAUUUAAAGAGGAGAGAGGGCUGUACCAAGACAAGAUGUUCUGCUUCGUCCAUCUUAGUGUUCAGGAGUUUCUGGCGGCUCUUCAUGUCCAUAUGUCAUUUGUCAAGCAUGGUGUUAACCUGCUGGAGGAAAAACACCCUACGCUUAAUUGGUCUACACUUUUUAAGCAUCCAAAACAACAAUAUUUACAUCAGAGUGCUGUGAACAAGGCUUUAGAGAGUCCAAAUGGUCACCUGGACUUGUUCCUGCGUUUUCUCCUGGGUCUUUCAGUGCAGACUAAUCAGAUUCUCCUACAAGGUCUGCUGACACAAACAGGAAGUAGCUCACAGGACAAUCUGAAAAUAGUUCAGUACAUCAAGGAGAAGAUCAGUGAGAAUCAGUCGGCAGAGAAAAGCAUCAAUCUGUUCCACUGUCUGAAUGAACUGAAUGAUCAUUCUUUAGUGGAAGAGAUCCAACUGAAGAGUUCAGGAAGUCUCUCCACUGGUCAACUGUCUCCAGCUCACUGGUCAGCCCUGGUCUUCAUAUUACUGUCAUCAGAAAAAGAUUUGGAUGUGUUCGACCUGAAGAAAUACUCUGCUUCUGAGGAGGCUCUUCUCAGGCUGCUGCCAGUGGUAAAAGCUUCAAACAAAGUUCUACUGGGUGACUGCAACCUGUCAGAAAGAAGCUUUGAGGCUCUAGCCUCAAUCCUCUGCUCUGAGACCUCUAACCUGAGAGAGAUGGACCUGAGUAGCAACAACAUACAGGAUUCAGGAGCAGAGCUGCUGUUGUCUGGACUGAAGAGUCCAUACUGCAAACUCUCAGUGUUCAUGUUUUUUCCAACUGCCAAUGAGUUGAGAUACAAAUUCAUAAGAACACAUUUUAAAGCUAAUCAUGUUAACUUAUUUCCUGUUAUGCUCAGGUCCUGUAACCUCUCUCUGAGAACUUGUGAAGAUCUGUCAAUUAUCAUUGGCUCCCAAUCCUGUUGUCUAAGAGAAGUUGAUCUACAUAACAACAACCUGCAGGACUCAGGGGAGAAGUCACUUGCAGCCAAACUAAACAUUUCAAAUUUUAUUCUUGAAAUUUUCAGAGAGCCUGCUGGAGUCCGAUGGUUGAAACCAGGUCUGAGGAAGUAUUCCUGUCAGCUCACAAUCGACACAAACACAGAGAACAGAAAACUCCAACUGUCUGAAGACAACAGGAAGGUGACACAUGUGGAGGAGCUUCAGGCAUAUCAUCAACAUCCAGACAGAUUCGAUGAGUGGCCUCAGCUGCUGUGUAGUGGUGGUCUGACUGGUCGCUGUUACUGGGAGGUAGAGUGGGAGGGAGGAGUUUUUAUAUCAGUAAGUUACAGAGGAAUAUGCAGGAAGGGAUGCAAUGAUGACUGUGUGCUUGGGUGGAAUGAUCAAUCCUGGAGUCUACACUGCUCUGAGGAUCGAUACUCUAUCUGUCACAAUAACAGAGGAACACCCACCUCCUCCUCCUCCGUCUCUAACAGAGUAGCAGCGUAUGUGGAUUGUCCUGCUGGCAUCCUGUCCUUCUACAGAGUUUCCUCUGACUCACUGAUCCACCUCCACACCUUCAACACCACAUUCACUGAGGCCCUCUAUGCUGGAUUUGCAGUCUGGUCUCCUGGUUCCUCGGUGUUUCUGUGUUGAAUUGAGCAGAAAGAGCAGAAAGUAAAAAAAUGGUUAUACUUGUUGUGGAAUUUUCUUAACAAUCUGUUUCUGUUUCAUGAAUGAAAAUUAAUCUUAGUCCUUUAAAGAUGAAAUCUUAGCUUGUUUUUCAGACAUUUCAGCAUGAUUGUGUUUGUGCUGAAUUGCACCCACAAGUUGAUUUAUUUUAACUUCAUAAAUGUGUCUGUUUUCUUUAUUUCCCCAAACAUUUUUAAUCCCAAAAUAUUGUAAUAUAAAUGUGAGAUUUUAAUAAAAAUAUUCAAACAAAAACCUUU